UUAAAGAGAUGGUAAAGGAGGCACAAAUCAUGUAGACUCUCACACACAAAAACAUUCCUGCAAUAAUAGGAAUCCAGCUUGAAAGAGAGCCUAUAUCUCUAGUGAUGGAGUUCAAAGGGGAAGAAAAUACAUCCACAACAGUCAGUAAAUUAUUGUAUUGCAAAGAAUCCAAUGGUAUAUUAGAGAAAGUUAACAGUUCACUGACAAGCAAAGACUGGCUGAUCAUUUGUCAUGAUAUCACAGAUGCUCUCGCUCACAUUCACUCCAAAGGCUUUCUUCAUUGUGGUCUCAAAUCAAACAAUGUUCUUGUAACUGAUAAACAUGGCCAAAUUAUAGACUUUGGAAAGGCCUGUGACAGUUCAUUUCCCCCUGCAAAGAAGUACACUUUUCACUAUAGGCACAUUGCUCCUGAAGUUCUGAAUGGCACCCAUUGUAGCAAAGCCAGUGAUGUUUAUUCCCUUGGCCAAAUCCUGCAUGAAGUAGCUACAAAGCAAGAAAUUCCAAUGUUACUUGUCAAUGCUCAAAAAUGCUUGGACAGCAACACCACAUGGGGACCAACAACAACAGGACUAAUGGCAUCACUGGCCUCUUUAAUAUGUAGCUUUAGGGUAAGUCAGGAAUAAAGGGGAUAGGGGUUAAAUGAAAAAAAAAUUGAAUUGAGAAUGAUUCAGUGGGCUAGUAAAACAACAAGGGGAGGUUGUGCUCUUUCCCAGUAUUUACUUUUGUGAAGAUAUUCAAGAAGUGUAUUGCUGGAUGGGGAUGACAACAAGAGCCACCUGGCUUUUUUUUCAAUUGAGGACCUUCCUAUACACAAUAGUUAUGACCAGUUUCCCUACUUAAGAACAUACUGUCCUAUAACAUAACCUUUCUUGCUAGUGAUGAAGGCCUCACCUUGUAGUUUAGGUUGCAAGAAACUUACAAAGUCACAAUAUGUUUCUCAGCAAUGUUUCUUAGCUUUUUGGCUAUGCCAAGUCCAGUGAUGUACAUGUAGAGCCUGAAGAUUGCCCUUAAGUUGUUAGAUGAAUUGAUUAGAUGACAAUUUUCUUCACCAACUUUAUAGCUCUGAUCAAGGAAAAUAUAUGAAAAGGUUUUGUCUAAGAUAGGCUUCUCCUAAUUGUUCUCACAGCAAUAACAUUCAGAACAAUCAAAACAAAAAGACUUGA